AUGACGCCGGUUUUGCGGUUUUCUCUAAAAGCGAUAAAACGAUGCCUUAACGGGGACCAAAAGGGUUUGUUUUGUCGUUCGGCUUCAUCCAUGGAUUCUUCUUCAGGGUCGGAAUUCGAUUAUUUGUUCAAAUUGUUAAUGAUUGGGGAUUCAGGAGUUGGUAAAAGCAGUCUUCUCUUGAGUUUCACGUCUGAUACCUUUGAAGAACUUUCUCCUACGAUUGGGGUAGAUUUCAAAGUAAAACAUGUUACAAUUGGGGGGAAGAAGUUAAAGCUUGCUAUUUGGGAUACCGCUGGGCAGGAGAGAUUCAGAACCCUAACCAGUUCGUAUUAUAGAGGAGCCCAAGGAAUUAUAAUGGUUUACGAUGUAACCCGGAGAGAUACGUUCACAGACUUAUCUGAUAUAUGGGCAAAAGAAAUCGACCUCUACUCAACCAAUCAAGAUUGCAUCAAGAUGCUUGUUGGCAAUAAAGUUGAUAAGGAACAAGAUAGGGUUGUGACAAAGAAAGAAGGAAUGGACUUUGCAAGGGAAUAUGGAUGCCUUUUUAUCGAAUGUAGUGCAAAAACACGUGUCAAUGUGGAGCAGUGUUUCGAGGAACUUGUUCUCAAGAUUUUGGAUACGCCAAGUUUGACUGCUGAGGGGUCAACUACUGUGAAAAGAAACAUAUUUAAUCAAAAGCCUCCAUCAGCUUCAGAUGCAUCAGCUAGUGGAUGCUGCUGAAUUUUGAUGUGUUGUAACUUGAGGAAUAUGUAUGUUAUGUCAUGUGGGAUGUAUGUUUGUUAUUUCUGUCAUGUUCUUUGAAAUGACCCACCCUUGUAUCUUUGGUUCAACUAUGAUCAUCAUAUAUUUAUUAUAUACUGAAAUUGGCUGAUAAAAUCUAUUGUAGACGUAUGUUUCAC